AAAAUGUCCCAAAUGUUGGUAAAGUGGUACAACUAGGCUCGAUCCGUCUUCCUUUUGUUGUAACAUAUUCCUUUCUUUCAAUUAUAAUUUGCAGCCGCCGCGGUCUUUCUGCCCGAAAAGGUUAUCAUUCUAAACACGGAAGAAAACGUCAAGUGGCUUAUUCAUAUGACAAAACAUUCAUUAAAGUUCUUUGUCAAGAGGCCUACAAUAUUUGAAAUGCGUUUCUCGUGUGGUUGGCAAGCAGAAAUCAGUCAAGCCUUUGUUAUAAUAUUCUGGAGUAAUUAUGUACAAAAAACAUUCUGCAUCCUCUCAAACUCACCACCUACGUAAUCGUGAUUAGUCUGCGGCAUCGAUCAGACGAUGUCAGUUUGAAACCGACCACCAAGAAAAAUUUUUUCGAAGCGCAGGCCUAAUCUUCGCUGAACAUUAAAUAUUACAUUCUUUCAUUUAUGUAGCUCUUAAAUAAUAGACAUUUAUUGAAAAAAAAAAUUGUUUUCAGCGAUGAUAUAAUGUCUUAACUGAACAAGCGAGAGGAAGUGAAGGUCGAGGGGACUGUUUUGACUGAACUCUGAAAGCCGUACUCUAUUCAAGAUUAUGCUCCGCUGUAUUUUGCAAUUCUAUUCUACAUGCAAUUGGUAUCAUGAAACCCUUUCCCCACGCUAAAGUCGCGUUUCGAGAAACUUUUUUCCAUUGACGUUGCUGAAAAGAUUUGUAUUCCAUUUGUAUGUAAGCGGGCUCUUUCAACAACAUCGUCAUAUCACGGUUCAUUUUUCCAGUAACUGAUUUUUUUUUUUUAAUUUAAGCCAAGAACCUCCUAUUUAUAUAUCCUAUUCCAGACUAAACUGCUAGUAAACCACGCUCAUUACAUCUUACUGACUACUAUAGCUCCUAUGUGGCAAUACCAAACCUAGGCUGGGUCUGAACACUGUAUGUGUUCCACCUGGAUAGAGAGGAAAUAAAUAUAUCACUCAGGAGUGCCACGGCGUCACUAGUUUAAUGCCCGACUUCGAUGGUGCCGAAACUGGAUGGAAUAUAUAUCUGUUUCUCCACCGAUAAGCAUCCUAUAAACUUCGAAGCCUAAGCUGGUGAACGCUGCCUAGUUGCCUCGUCGCCCACCGAAGGUAUCGUAGGCCAACCAAAGAGCGAGGCCUGGGGACGGGAGGUUGGCGAGAAUCACUUUUAUGGGCAGUCACGCAUGGGGGAACGAUUGCAUGACUAGCUCGUCUGCCGUACGAGGCUAAGCGGAACAGGCGUACCAGGAGACAGGCAAAUUGAUGACUCAUUUGACUCGUGUACCUUUCGAAACACAAUGAAGGGAAGUGUAGGGGUAGGAAGGGCUGUUGUAUAUCUAACCAUGUUACUGUUCCCAGCGAGUGGGAGAAGUGAGGGUGAAGUAGCUAAAGAGUCAAGGAAGAGGCAUUUGUUUGUGCAGAGGGACAGGCCACUGCCAGGCUCUCCGACAAAGUUGUUCAAGAUUGAGCAUGGAUUUCCGUCACGGUCUAGCGGCCACCAAAAUGUCCACGAAGUGUUUCAGCGAGCUCGACGAUCCAUAAACCCCGACAUGAGGCCAGAAGCUACUGUGUUUCAGCUGAAUGACAGUCACCAAAUGGCCUAUGUACACUGGGCAGCAGACGGCAGGGACACUAUUGUGGUGUUGACACGAGACAGAAAUCCAGGCUUAAACAGUAACAGCCACGUGUGGAUUUCAAGAGAUUAUGGUCAUACCUUUGAGAAUCGCACCAACUCAUUUAUGCAUGGUCGGCGAUUUGCAGUGAUUGACAUGUUUUAUGCUUCUCCAGUAAAUAACACGAAGUAUCUCUUUGUUGACAAACACAGCAAAAUCAUUUAUCGUUCAACUGAUGACUGCUUAUCGUUUGCAUAUGUAUAUGUAACAUUUAUACCAGAUGAAAUCUCCUUCCAUCCGAGUAACAGUGAAGUUGUUCUCGCUUACGAUGAGACAACAGAAAAGCUUUACUAUUCCAGCAAUUUUGGAAUCCGCUGGCACUUAAAACAUGACAGGGUUAGAUCAUUUUUCUGGGGUACUCCACCACUGGACAAUGUCAACACACUGUACAUCGAGGUCAGCGAGGAAGUCUCAGGUGGCCGUUCUAAUGUGGUGAAAACCGACUACUUUUCCCACGUCGUUUCUACACUUAUUAGCGGGGUAUACGACUUUGAGGUCAUCGACAACUACAUGUUUGCAACAAAAUCGUCCUGGGUACCUGACUUUGUUACAUUGCUGGUGUCACAAGACCGUGGUGCAUUUCAGACAGCUGAAAUACCCACAGCCUCUCAGACAAAGGAUUUCUACAUUGCUGAUGUGUCAGAGAACAGGGUUUUCCUGGCGGUCACUCAUGAUCGAAGGACAGCUCAUCUCUACAUCUCAGACUCUUCUGGAACAAAAUACAGCUUGUCUAUGGAAAGGGUGCUGUAUUUCUCUGAAAAGAACUCUUCUCCAUGGUUGAGGCGCUACAAAAAUAACGCAUUUGUAGACCUUCACAAAGUGAGCGGAAUAAAUGGAGUGUACAUUGCUAGUCAACUCACUCUUGGUCCGGUUGGACACCGGCAUGUCUUGACCAAGAUUACCUUCAAUAAAGGUGGAUUGUGGAAGCCAGUGGCAGCUCCUGAAGUGGACGCUUAUGGAAAUCCCUUGAACUGCAGCCUGGUAGGCUUUGGUUUUUAUACAAAAAAUGUCAGAACCCCUGGACCGAGCGUUUGGGGAAGAAUGAACGAACUGGGUGUUGGUGGUAUUUUCAUUGCUGUUCCCAGAGACUCGUUGACGAACCUGAUUUAUUACAGCUGGAAUGGAGGCAAGACCUGGCAAAUUUAUAAGUUCUUAAAGAACUCCAAGCUAUAUGUGCACGGCCUUCUGACGGAGCCUGGUGAAAAGAGUGCUGAAUUUACAAUUUAUGGAUCCAUUCCUAGAAUACACAAAUGGAUUGUUUUCCAAAUUAACUUGAGGAAGGUGCUAGGCAGUCCUUGCAAGGAAGAGGACUAUAAGGAGUGGAUCCCAUCUGAUGAACUCAACGGGACUUGCUUGCUGGGUAGGAAUCCUUGCAAGGAAGAGGACUAUAAGGAGUGGAUCCCAUCUGAUGAACUCAACGGGACUUGCUUGCUGGGUAGGAAGUCUGCUUACAAGAGAAGGAUAACCAACGCGCACUGUUACAAUGGUUAUGACUAUGAUCAGCCAAUCACACAUCAGAAUUGUUCGUGUAAUAGAGAGGACUUUGAAUGUGAUGUGGGGUACUUUGAUCUAGGUAACAAAGAGUGUGGGCCUGAUAGUUCCAGUGGAUUCACUCCCACAAGCGUGCCUCGUUUUUGUCCUCCAGGCAGCACAUAUCGCCGCACAAAAGGAUCGGGCCCAGAGGAGCUAGGAAAACAGGCGAAGAUGGCAAUGAGGGCGAAAAUACUCAUGAACACUUUGUUUGCUUAUGGUCCUGUUGCCAGAUAUCGCAAAGUCGUUGGUGAUACCUGCCAGGGAGGACUGGAAAAUCAGUUUGUUUCAGAAAUGGUUCCUUGUCCAAUAGCGCGUAAGUUAACAACCAUACAAAGAGUGAAAAAUCAUGCAAAGCAGGUUCAAAUUAAAGUGAUUCUUGCCCAUUGCUGCCGCCGUUACACCAAAGUUACAUUUGAUGGGAGUGAUCGUCAGAAAUAUUUGAACGUUUACUGUAAUGGAAUUAAAGUUCCUAAACUAUUAGGCAGUCCUUGCAAGGAAGAGGACUAUAAGGAGUGGAUCCCAUCUGAUGAACUCAACGGGACUUGCUUGCUGGGUAGGAAGUCUGUUUACAAGAGAAGGAUAACCCACGCGCACUGUUACAAUGGUUAUGACUAUGAUCAGCCAAUCACACAUCAGAAUUGUUCGUGUAAUAGAGAGGACUUUGAAUGUGAUGUGGGAUACUUUGAUCUAGGUAACAAAGAGUGCGCGGUUGAUACUUCCAGUGGAUUCACUCCCACCGGCGUGCCUCGUUUUUGUCCUGCAGGCAGCACAUAUCGCCGCUCAAAAGGAUAUCGCAAAGUCGUUGGUGAUACCUGCCAGGGAGGACUGGAAAAUCAGUUUGUUUCAGAAAUGGUUCCUUGUCCAAUAGCGCCACAACCUCUGUUCUUACUGUAUGCGGCUCAAAGUAACAUCCAGAGAAUCACGUUGGGAGCUAAUUACACAGAAACCACUCUUCCACUUGGGCUGCAAAAUGCUGUCGCCUUAGACUUUGAUUAUAGUAAAAACUGCAUUUACUGGGCCGAUGUCACUCUAGGAGCAGUCAAGCGAUCGUUUCUUAAUGGAUCGGGAAUAACUGAGACACUUCAUGGUGGCGUCCAGCAAGUGGAAGGACUGGCAUUAGAUUGGCUUGGUGAUAAUAUAUAUUGGGUAGAUGCUGGUGCCAAGAAGAUUGAAGUCUCCAGGACAGAUGGACGUUUCCGUAAAACACUUCUCACCAACAAUCUCGAUAAACCCAGGGCUAUCGCUCUACAUCCAUCUCGUGGGUACAUGUUUUGGACUGACUGGGGAAGUGAAGCUCGGAUAGAAAGAGCUUACAUGUCAGGUGCAGAGCGUGUGACAAUUGUGUCAUUUCAUUUACAAUGGCCUAAUGGAGUUGCCAUCGAUUUCUCAGCGCAAAAACUAUACUGGACUGAUGCUGGGUUGGACAAGAUAGAGAGGUGCAACUUGGAUGGAACUUAUCGACAGACAAUAAGCAGCACAGGGCUACCUCACCCGUACUCAAUAUCUGUGUACAAAGAUUCUAUCUACUGGGACGACUGGUCAACACAGUCAAUUCAAAAGGCAGACAAACGAUAUGGUGGCCUUCGGCAGACUAUUAAGUCACAUGUGCACAAGCCAAUGGAUUUAAAAGUAUUUCACCAGGAUGCACAGAGAGGAAGUAACUUUUGUUCGCGACUGAAAGUGUGCAGCCACCUCUGCUUCUCUGUGCCGGGUAGUUAUUCCUGUGCUUGUCCUGAUAACAUGCGAAAUGUGACGUCUGUUUCUGGAAAUGUGACCUGCGAGUGCCAGCCUGGAGAACACAUGGACGCUAACGGAGAGUGCAAAACUCGGACUUAUCCUACGUGUCAGCCAGACCAAUUUACUUGCGCUAACAGGCGCUGUAUUCCACGACGGUGGGUUUGCGAUUUUGAUGAUGACUGCCAUGACAACUCUGAUGAGCAAAGAUGCUCUCCAGGUUUAGUCCCAGCUAUAGCAUUCCACCCAGGCAAUUGUUCAUCCUCGCAGUUUUCUUGUCGCAAUGGUCGCUGCAUUCCAAGUAGCUGGUUUUGUGAUGGCGACCAGGACUGCGGUGAUGGAUCUGAUGAGCCACAAACUUGCAAUUAUACGACUCCAACUAUGGCCGCUUCAAGCCCACCCAGUAACCGCCCUACAAGCUGUAGAUCUUAUGAACAUAAAUGCAACAAUAGCUUUUGUAUUUAUCGAUGGGAUGUAUGUGAUGGUGUUAAUGACUGUGGGGACAACUCAGACGAAUGGUAUUGUGUAACAACAACAGGCAGGCCGGUUUCCACCAAGAUUCCAUCCUGCCCGGAUGGGUGGCUCCACUGCUUGCACGAUACUUCCAUCUGCAUAAAAACAGAACGGUUGUGUGAUGGAGUUCUGAACUGCCCGGGACACUGGGACGAAUUGCCACAAAAUUGCCCAAACAGCACCUUGCAGGUAACGAAUGUUCAGGCAACUCCACUUUCAAGUGGGACUGCUGUUAACAUUUCUUGGCAUCAAAUCUCUUAUCAGCCACCAGGUUCUGCCUUUCCUGGGUACAGAAUCUCUUACCGGGCUGUUAAGCUACAUUCUUUACAAACUGUGGAUGUCUGGCACAUGGAAGACGCAAAAAGCAUCAACUAUCACAUUGUCUCCAAUCUUCAAACAUGCUCAGAGUACGAAUUUAGGGUACAAGUCCUUUUAAAUGGAUCUAGACCAGGUCCGUUCUCAGCUGCUGUCAAAACAGAAACCAUAACAGUCACAACCACUGCUCCACAAAAUCUGCAUUGUGCAUUGAAAGAUGACGGCUCAUUACAGAUAACCUGGGAGUCUCCAUUAGUUUACUGCCAUGUGAUCACUAAUUACAAAAUCUAUUUCAAGUCCAACACCCAAAAGGAGUUUCGUAUUAUAGAAACUGGAAAUGUUUUCAGUUUCUAUCUUAAAGGACUUGCAGAAGGAGUAACUUAUAUUAUUAAGCUACAAGCUUACAGCAAUUUAGAUGGUGGAAACUUUACUGCUCCACAGUCUGUGUGGAUUCCAAAUCAACGGUCAUCGGCCAAGUCAUCACCAACCAUGACCUUGCUAACCAAGUCAUCAGCUACCAGGCCUCCGUCAACCAAGCUGUCAGCUACCAGGCCUUCGUCUACCAAGUCGUCAGCUACCAGGCCUUCGUCAACCAAGUCGUCAGCCACCAGGCCUUCGUCUACUGCUACUAAGUCGUUACCAACCAAACCUUUACCAACCAAUUCGUCAUUUACCAAGCCGUCACCAACCAAGAGGUUUUCAUCAUUGCCACUGAUAAACAACAAGGAGAAUCAUCACUUUCCAUACUGGACAAUCCCAACUGCCAUCCUUGGCGUUAUCGUUGUCUUAAUUUUCGUUUUCUUGAUUCGUAAAAACUACCGGCGGAGAACGUUUGGACGGAGUGUAAAAAUCUACCUUCAAGAGUCUACAAAGGAAACAAAUGAAGGAGACGCGAUGCCCUUGUUGCUGCAGGAAAGCCUAACUGAUGAUGAAAUUCUUGUAACAGCUUAAAGGGCAUUUAGCUCAAUGAAUUAAGAAACACCUCCAAUGUCCAGUCACAUCAUUUGAUAGACGCUGAUGCUCAUUCUAAACCUUGUGGCUUUUAAAAGUAAUGUUUGACUUAGAGUCAGGGCAGUCUGUUUUUAUAUUUAUAUAGAGCUGUUGGAAAUAAUAUUCCAAUCAAUAAAUAUGUAAGCGUUAACUGCUGUCCUACAGUAGCAUAUUGGAUAAGCUAGUGUUCUAUCGAAUUAGGCCUUAAACUACUGUAUUUAGUACCAAGCUGUCGCUGAUCUACAGCACCACAUAAGAGAUAGAAAAUUUUCCGCUGAACAACCGAUAUAUAGUAAGUCGGGUAAAAGAAGACAAACAAAUGUGACAAGUGAGCACAUGAAAGAUCAUAUAGUUAAGGAGUAUAAGGAAAAUGUAGGGUACUCACGGGAACAGGGUGAUACAAAAGGGAAAAUAAAGU